ACUCCCCCUCCCCCCCCCGCGAGGAGCCGCUGGAGCCAGCGCCGCUCAUUUAAACCGGCCGAGUCGGCUGCGUCCGCCCAGGGAGGCGCCGUGUGCGGCCCGCUCCGCUUCACCCCAUCCCGCCUCGCUUCGCCUCGCCUCAGCGCGCCCGCCCGGCCCGCAGUAUGUCGGUGGUGGGCAUCGAUCUGGGCUUCCAGGGCUGCUACGUCGCCGUAGCCCGCGCCGGGGGUAUCGAGACCAUCGCCAACGAGUAUAGCGACCGCUGCACGCCAUCCUGUAUAUCCUUUGGACCCAAGAAUCGUUCAAUUGGAGCUGCAGCUAAAAGCCAAGUUAUUUCAAAUGCAAAGAACACAGUACAAGGCUUUAAAAGAUUUCAUGGCCGUGCAUUCUCAGAUCCCUUUGUUCAAGCUGAAAAAGCCAACCUUGCCUAUGAACUUGUUCAGCUGCCAACAGGCUCAGCUGGCAUCAAGGUUAUGUACAUGGAAGAAGAAAGAAAUUUCACUGUUGAGCAGAUAAUGGGGAUGCUUCUCACUAAACUAAAAGAAACUGCAGAGAAUGCACUUAAGAAGCCUGUACUUGACUGUGUUGUUUCUGUUCCAUGUUUCUAUACGGAUGCAGAGAGGAGAUCGGUGAUGGAUGCUACGCAGAUUGCUGGACUUAAUUGCCUGAAAUUAAUAAAUGAAACUACUGCAGUUGCCCUCGCAUAUGGAAUCUAUAAGCAAGACCUGCCUGCCUUAGAAGAGAAGCCAAGAAAUGUUGUAUUUGUGGAUAUGGGACAUUCUGCAUAUCAAGUUUCAGUAUGCGCAUUCAACAAAGGAAAACUUAAAGUUCUUGCCACGGCAUUUGACGCCACACUUGGAGGAAGGAAAUUUGAUGAGAUGUUGGUUGGCUAUUUUUGUGAAGAGUUUGGGAAGAAAUACAAACUUGACAUCAAGACAAAGAUUCGUCCAUUGUUGCGGUUGCAUCAGGAAUGUGAGAAAUUGAAGAAGCUGAUGAGUGCUAAUGCUUCUGACCUCCCAAUGAACAUUGAAUGCUUCAUGAAUGACAUAGAUGUUUCUGGAACGAUGAACAGGAGUAAAUUUUUAGAGAUGUGUGAAGGUCUUCUGGCUAGAGUAGAACCACCUCUUCGUAGCGUUCUGGAACAAGCCAAGUUAAAGAAAGAGGAUAUAUAUGCAGUAGAAAUAAUUGGUGGUGCUACAAGAAUCCCUGCUGUAAAGGAGAAGAUCAGUAAAUUUUUUGGUAAAGAAAUCAGUACAACAUUGAAUGCAGAUGAGGCUGUUGCUCGAGGCUGUGCACUGCAGUGUGCUAUUUUGUCUCCGGCUUUCAAAGUGAGAGAGUUUUCUAUCACAGACUUAGUACCGUAUCCUAUUUCCUUACGAUGGAAUUCACCAGCAGAGGAAGGGAUAAGUGAUUGUGAGGUCUUUCCCAAGAAUCAUCCAGCUCCAUUCUCCAAGGUCCUCACGUUCUACAGAAAGGAGCCUUUCACUCUGGAAGCUUACUACAGUUCUCCCAAGGAACUGCCUUACCCAGACCCUGCUAUAGCUCACUUUUUGGUCCAGAAGGUCACACCACAGACAGAUGGAUCCAGUUCAAAAGUGAAAGUCAAAGUCAGAGUAAACAUCCAUGGUAUUUUCAGCGUUUCCAGUGCAUCUUUAGUGGAAGUUCACAAAUCUGAUGAGAAUGAAGAGCCCAUGGAAACAGACCAGCAUGCUAAAGAGGAAGAGAAAAUGCAGAUUGAUCAGGAAGAGCAACAAAAGACUGAAGAACAACAACAAGCACAAACUGAAAAUAAGACAGAAUCUGAAGAAAUGGAGACAUCUCAGGCUGACUCAAAAGAUAAGAAAGUGGAUCAGCCACCUCAAGCAAAGAAGGCUAAAGUAAAGACUACUACAGUGGACCUUCCCAUUGAGAAUCAGUUGGUGUGGCAGAUUGGAAAGGACAUGCUGAAUUUAUACAUUGAAAAUGAGGGUAAAAUGAUCAUGCAGGAUAAGUUGGAGAAGGAGCGGAAUGAUGCCAAGAAUGCAGUAGAAGAAUACGUGUAUGACAUGCGAGACAAACUUUGUGGCAUUUAUGAGAAAUUUGUUUGUGAAGAUGAUCGAAAUAGUUUUACUCUGAAACUGGAAGACACAGAAAACUGGCUGUAUGAAGAUGGGGAAGACCAACCCAAACAGGUUUACAUUGAUAAACUAACAGAACUGAAGGCUUUGGGUCAGCCUAUUCAAGCAAGGUUUCAAGAAUCUGAGGAAAGGCCAAAAGCAUUUGAGGACCUUGGAAAGCAAAUACAACAAUACAUGAAAGCUGUUCAUGCAUUCAAAGCAAAGGAUGAACAAUAUGACCAUUUAGAUGUAGAAGAUAUAGCAAAAGUAGAAAAGAAUGCAAAUGAAGCCAUGGAAUGGAUGAACAACAAGCUCAAUCUUCAGAACAAGAGAAGUCUUACUUUAGACCCAGUUAUAAAGGCUAAAGACAUCCAAGCUAAAACGAAAGAAUUGAUAAGUUUCUGCAAUCCUAUAGUCACAAAACCAAAACCCAAGGUUGAACCCCCAAAAGAGGAGCAAAAACCGGCUGAACAGAAUGGACCAGUAGAAGGCCAGGGAGACGCCAACAAUGGGUCCCAGGCUACUGAACAGACCACCAAUGCAGCUGCCCCAACACCUACAGAAAAGAAACUUCCUGAAAUGGACAUUGACUGAAUUUCAGCACUUGUUUAUAUUACAAACUACAAUAAAGCUUUAAGUUGUCAACUUCGUCUGUUCUGAAUACAAAUUGGAGCAAGUGAAUACUUCAGCUUUCUUGUAGUAACUUUUGGAGAGGGUUGAUCAAUGUGUCAAGUCAGAAUGCUUAGUUAGUUAGCUGCUCAGUCAAGUUGUAUCUUGCCAUAAUGAUUGUAUUUAGAAAUACCUGGUAAUUCAUUACUAGACUUAAUGAAACAGCCAUUAGCAGGCCCUCUAUCAUGUUCAUGCUGAUGAGUCAGUCUUGUUUUUAAAGCAGAGAGACGGAGAAAACUAAGCCUUUGACUUACCACUAAAUUUCUAUUGUGGAUAACAGGAACAAAUGUUGUAAGUGUCCAUUAAUAUGUUGAAGACUGCAAAGAAAUGGCAGUAGGAUUUUUAGCUCUCCUAGAGUGUGGAGGAAUAUAAACAAACUGAAAUAAUA